AUGAAAGACUCUAAUGUUAACAAGGAGCAUAAAAUUGAUUUUGAUAUUUUUAAAAAGAAUGGGAUAAUACAAACCCAUGAAACUUCCAAUAUAGUUGGAACAAAAAAUUUAAACAAAGCACUAGUUAAACACUUUGAUUUAAUAGAAACGAAAGAAAAAGAGAAUAACAAAAAUGUAGGAAAAGAUGAAGAUUCAAAAGAAAAAUAUAAAAGUACUUUGAUUACAAAAAUAUCACCAAAAAACAAUGAAACAAAAAUUCAAAUAAUAAGAGUUCGUCAUGGAUUCAAAAGUAAAAAUAAUUCACAGGAAUAUGAUUAUGCAAAUGAAAAAAUAUUUUAUAUGCAUUAUACUGCAAAACGACAUGAAACAUAUGGCAUUCCAAAACCCGAAAAUGAAAAAGAAAAACUCCAGGAUUGGAGAAUAAAAGAAAGAUUAAAAACAGUUUCAGCGGCAUUAUGCAUAUGUAUGAAUAUUGGGGUUGACCCGCCUGAUAUAGUUAAAACAAGUCCUUGUGCAAAACUGGAAUGUUGGAUUGAUCCUUUUUCAUUACCAUCACAGAAAUCAUUAGAAGCUAUAGGAAAAAAUUUACAGCAACAAUAUGAAACUCUUAGUAUGCGUACACGUUACAAACAAUAUCUCGAUCCUUCUAUAGAAGAAACUAAAAAAUUUUGUUCUACUCAGCGCCGUAACGCUAAAGAUGAACGUAUAUUAUUUCAUUAUAAUGGACAUGGUGUUCCAAGGCCUACAGAAAGUGGUGAGAUAUGGGUAUUUAACAAAAAUUAUACUCAAUAUAUUCCAAUAUCUUUAUAUGAUCUUCAGACAUGGUUAGGUUCUCCUUGUUUAUAUGUAUAUGAUUGUAGUGCGGCUGGGAAUAUUCUUAUAAAUUUUAAUAAAUUUGCGGAGCAACGGGACGCGGAAGCUCAAAAACAACACGCUUUUGAUUCAAGUAUUCCUUUACCACCGUUACAAAAAGAAUCUAUUCAAUUGGCAGCAUGUGGACCUAAAGAAUGGUUACCUAUGAAUCCAGAUCUUCCUGCUGAUCUAUUUACAUGUUGUUUAACAUCUCCUAUUGAAAUUGCAGUUAGAUGGUUUGUUUUACAAAAUCCUUUCCUUUCAAAUAUAACUAUAGAUAUGGUAAUGAAAAUACCUGGGCAUUUGCAAGACAGAAGAACGCCUCUUGGUGAAUUGAAUUGGAUAUUUACUGCCAUUACGGAUAGUAUUGCAUGGAAUAUUCUUCCAAAGCCUUUAUUCAAAAAAUUAUUUCGACAAGAUUUAAUGGUGGCAGCAUUAUUUAGAAAUUUUCUUUUAGCAGAAAGGAUAAUGAGAGUUCAUCAAUGUCAUCCAAUGUCAUAUCCUUCUUUACCUGCUACUUAUCAUCAUCCAAUGUGGAAUUCAUGGGAUUUAGCUGUAGAUGCAUGUUUGGCCCAAUUACCUCAAUUACUUGAAGCAGAAAAUGGAGGACCUGCAUAUGAAUAUAAGCAUAGCAGUUUUUUUAGAGAACAGUUAACUGCAUUUGAAGUAUGGUUAGAACAAGGUUCAGUAUUUAAAAAAGCACCUGAUCAAUUACCAAUAGUACUUCAAGUACUUUUGUCUCAAGUCCAUCGUCUAGGAGCUUUAAUUUUACUUAGUAGGUUCCUUGAUUUAGGUCCAUGGGCAGUGAAUCUUGCAUUAUCUAUUGGAAUAUUUCCAUAUGUUUUAAAACUUUUACAAUCAUCUGCUGCAGAAUUAAAACCUGUUUUAGUUUUUAUAUGGGCAAGAAUUUUAGCGGUUGAUAAUUCUUGUCAAUCGGAUCUUCUUAAAGAUGAUGGUUAUUCUUAUUUUGUUCAAAUUCUUUCUCCAACUUAUGGGAAUUUAUCAAUUACUAAUAUAUCAGAACAUCGUGCAAUGUGCGCUUUUAUUCUUAGUGUUUUCUCUCGGAAUUUUAAACAAGGACAAACUGCAUGUUUAAACUCUGGUGUUUUACAAGCUAAUUUCAUACAUCUUAAUGAUCAAGAUCCUUUAUUAAGACAAUGGGCAUGUCUUUGUAUCAGUCAAAUAUGGAAAGAUUUUUCAGAUGCAAAAUUACUUGGUAUUAAAGAAGGUAUAGUCGAUCGUUUAUGUAAUUUAUUAUCAGACCCUGUUCCAGAAGUUCGAACUGCUAGUUUAGUUGCUCUAACAACAUUUAUAGAGCUUUCUACUGAGAAUAAAGAAGUAAUUGCUAAGGAAAAUUAUGUCGUUGUAUCAUCGUUGAGUCUUUUCUCUGAUGGUUCAACUUUAGUACGUAAAGAGUUAGCAAUUUUUCUUUCACAAUAUAUUUCACGUUAUAAUAAAAAAAUAAUGGUUGCUGCAUUUGAACAUUUAAUGGAUGAAUGUGCAGACUUUAAUUUUAAUGGAUUUAGAUUUAAAAAGCCUUUUAUUAAUUAUAGUACAAAUUCAUUAACUUUAGCAAUAUGGAAAACAUUAUUAUUACUCACAGUAGACCCAUUUUUGGAAAUAGAACUUAUUAGCAUCUCUUUAAUAAAUAAAAUUUAUAAUAUGCUUAUUAAGUCAGAACUUGGAACUGUAACAAAAUCUAUUAUUAAAAAAAUAAUAACUACAAAAAAUGAUAUAACACAUAAAUCAAAAUUUUCUAACUUUACUGAUGAAAACAUCAAAUCUUUGUCUUCUGGGACUCAACAUAUAUCAUCUACUUCAAAGUUAACUAAUACUUUAAAAUGUUCUGCCUCGAUAGCUUUAUCUUUAAAAAAUCUCAAGAUUGGGAAUUAUAUUGAAGCAUCGACAUUAGAAUCAUGUCUUUCUUCAGAUGAAGAUACUUUUCUUAAACAUGGAAACUUUCAUUCUGCUUCAAUUAAGCCUCUUCCAAAAAAACCAGCAGAAGCAGAUGAACCUGGGAGCGUUAAUUAUAAUCAACGACUGUGGAGAAGAAAUCGCAAUGAAAAAAUUAUAAACAAAACGUAUAAUUUAAAAGACGUGGCUGGAUCACUUUCAUGGAAUAGUCAAAUUUGUAACCUUAAGUCAAGUUUCAUACAAGUUUCUCAUCUUUUAUUUCACGAAUUUGAAUCACAUCUUAUUUGUGCAGACGAUCAAGAUAAUGUGGAAGUAUGGGAUUGGGAAUUAGGAAUAAAAUUGAAUCAGUUUUCUAAUAACAAUACUUUUGGAAUACGAAUUACUGAUGUGAAAUUUAUAAAUCAAGAUGAUAUUGGAUAUAUAUUAGUUGGAUCUUCUGAUGGCAUUAUACGAAUAUAUAAAAAUUAUGAUACUGAAUCUAUAGAACUUGUUACUGCUUGGAGAGCAUUAACGGAUUUAGUUCCAUCAAAUCGUAAUAGUGGAUUAGUUAUUGAUUGCCAGCAAAAACGUGGUAUACUUUUUGUUGGUGGCGAAGUAGAAAUCAUUAAAGUUUGGGAUGCAUCUCAAGAAAUGUGUUUAAGUAAUAUACCAGCAAGAUCUAAAAAUUAUGUUACAUCGAUUACUUCAGAUGAAACUGAAGGUAAUAUUUUUGUAGCUAGUUUUGGUGAUGGAGCUAUACGCAUUUAUGAUCAAAGGAACCCUCCAAGAGAUGCAAUGGUCAAAGUAUGGAAAGAACAUAAAACUUGGAUUCCUAAAGUGACUAUGCAAAAAGGUGGAAAUAGAGAACUUGUUUCAGGAAGUAUCUCGGGCGACAUAAAACUUUGGGACAUUAGACUUAAUAAUUCUAUACGAACUAUUAAUGCACAUUUAGAUGGUCUAUUAUCACUUUCUGUACAUGAACAUAUUCCAUGUAUUGCCACGGGAUCUAAUAAUAAUGAUAUUAAAGUUUGGAAUACAGAUGGAUUAAACUUGUCUACAUUCCGAUAUUAUUCUAGUUUUUUGCAUCAAGGAAAAGUUGUAUCAGUUAAUGCUUUAAAUUUUCAUCCUCACAAAGCUAUUUUAGCAUGUGCCAACAAAAGUGACAAUCAUAUAAAUAUUUUUAGUUGUGAUAUAAAAUGA